AAAUCAACUCGGCGUGGAGUGCAGAAUCACGGAACUCCAACGAAGCUUAAUUUAAAUACAUGUACAAAUAAACAUAGAAGCACAGAUAUAGACAGUCACAAACAGAAAGGAAUGUGAAGUUUUGUUUUAAGAUUGAUGGCCCUUGGUGCUAUUAUUACUAAAGCUUUCCAUCAAAAAUUGAAACAGCUAGAAAUUAGUAAAUUCUCACCAAAUGUCUGACAAGGAGAAUCUGUCCUUUACAUCGGAGGAUGAUGUCAACACUAGUCAUUUUAUUAAUGAAAUGAAUCGCCUACGCUUACAUAAUCAGCAACUACAAGUGGAUCUAGAAACAGAACAUGAUACAGUAAAAAAACUAAAAAAGAAAUUAAACAGUCUGGAAAAACAUAAGCUUGAAUCAACAUCUAAAAAUAACAAUGAGCUAGCAUCACUUGAGACUCAACUGGCAAAAGUCAGAGCAGAAGUAGAGAAAGGAGAGGCAAUAAGGCAAAAUUUGGAAUAUGAACUUACAAAAAGCCAGAGAGAGUUAAGUCACAUAAAACAAGCCACACAAGAAAGAGAAAGUGUUUUGAUGGAAGGAACUGAUGAUUUAAAACAGAAGAUUACAGAACUAACCAAUGAAGUCAAACUUUUGAAACAAUCCCUUCAGAACAUUCAGGAGUCAUCAGAGGAACGUGAAUCUAAGCUAAAAAAUCAAAUUGAAGAUGGGAACAAUAAGCUAUCCCAAGCUAUGGCAGAUCUGGAGUCAGUUCGAAGAGAAAAACUGAAAAUGAGUGAACUAUGUCAGCAACAUUCCAGUCUGAUAACAGAACUAAAUGAAAAUCUUCAUGAGUUUGAAACUGAUAAAAGAAAUGUUUUGGAAAGUCUCAGGCGGGCCACUGCUGAGAUUGAAUAUGCUAAAGACAAUGAUGCCAGACUUAGAAUAGAAUUAGAGAAUGCUUUUACUCGAAUUAAAACCCUUGAAGAAAAUAUUGAAAUGGAGAGAAGUUCUCAUCUGGAGACGAAGUUUAACUCUGAAAUUGUCCAGCUUCGGGUGCGAGAUUUAGAAAGUGCUUUGGAAGUUGAGAAAUCUGCAAACUUUGAGGCAAAUAAGGCAAUUGAGAGAUUGUCCCAACAAAGCAGAGAAUUGGAACAAGUCUAUGAAGAAGAAAGAAAAAUAAAGAAAGAAAUUGUACACAAGCUAGAGAAAUCAGAAAAAGAACAUUUGUCAGCAAAAAAGCAACUUGUAUCUGAGAUAGAAGACAAAAAAGCUGCUAUUAACAACCUUUCGAGAGAACUUGAGAUUCAUCAGAAAAAUUUCAAUGAACUGAAGUCUGAGCUUGGAAAGACUAAAAAACGUCAAAUGUUUUUAGAAGAAACUUAUGAGGGCUCAAUUAAAGAGUUGGAGUUUUUGUCACAGACCUUUCAUUUUGAUGACAAAAAGCUGAGAAUGUCUCAAAAGGAAGAAGUGACCAAUGAUUCCAAGGGGAAGAAAGUGACUAACCCAUGUAUUGUUGUUGAUAAUUUUAAACAGUUGCUCAUUCAGGUGAAGAAAAAAAUGGAUUCUCAAACAGAUGAGAUAAAUAAAAUUAAAAAAUCUUUAGAGAAGCUUUCGAAAGAGCUUGCAGCCAGCAAAGAGUUAAUCAAAGCCAAGGAAAAAUCAAUAGAGGAAAAUCAACAAAGACUAUCUAAAACAACAAAAGAUCUUAAGAAAUCAAGAUCCAACUAUGCUGACCUUGAAGCAACAAUUGGUAAGUUAAAGACAAGUCUACAAGUCAAUGCCAAUAAUCAAGAUAAAAAUAAAAGCCGCAUUCAGGAAUUAAGUGAAGAGAUUAUGAAACUAGUCAAAAGACAUCGAACUGAAGAAGAGGAAAAAUUAUCAUUUCUCCAUGGGCUUUAUCAACGAUUACACUCUUGCCAUCUGGUGGAAGUGUUGCCAGAUAAGAAGUUUAACCAGUUUGCUUUUGAAGAUUUGAAAGACAUUAUUUAUGAACAAGUAGCACUUGUUAUAGAUACACUUCAGAUCACUGAGGAAAAGUUAAAAUCUUGUUUAGUGUCCAAUCAGGAAAAACAAGAUUUAUUAUCUGAACUCAAGCAGUCCCAUCAUGACCAAAUAAGUCGACUGAUGACUUCUGCCAGUGAGCGGGAACAAGCAUGGAGUCGGCAGAAAGAAGAACUUGAGCAGCACUACAAUCAGAUGAUAAAUGACCUCCAGUCAAGAACUCUUAAAACUCAGGCAAUUGCAGACCAAGCUUGGGAAAAAGUGAGAGCAACUGGCAAUGUCCAGCAAGGUUUAGAAUCAGAAGUUUCAGAACUUAGGCAAGAAAUCAAAGAAUGUCAGGCCAGCAAUUCUUCCCUGCUUUCUGCCUGUGCCUUGCUGGUAGGAGCAUUUUACCCCUUAUACACUCGAGCUUCCAUGUUGUCUGCUGAGCGUCGAAUUUUAGAUGAAAUGUAUACAUCAUGGGAAAACUGCAGAGAGCAAGGCAUUUACUUGAACACGGUACUGGGAUCUGGAAAAGAUUUUAAGCAGAACAAGCCUCUUAUGAAGGGGAAGAAAUUUCAAAGCAAGAAGAGCCCCAUUCUGAGGUUUAGAGUUUUUGUGCUGUCUGUGAUAGCUGCCAACAGACUUGUUUACUUUAGCAAGGAGUCCCCCAGUUGUUUCUAUACAUACUCAUCAAAUAUUGGUUAUGCUGGUCUCACUGUUAAAGUUGGAGGACAGACAAAGAAAUAUACCAAGUUUUCAGGGGUGCUGAAUUUUAAAGAGAGUGAUUCAACUUUUGACUCGGAAACUGCUGAGGAUGAAAGAAACACUCUCUCUUUUUGGCUAAAGAGUCCAGUAUUACAACAGACUAUAUUAAAUUGUAUGAGUGAACUGCAGGAUGUGAUGUUUGACAACAAAAAGGAAAUAAAACAUCCAGAGUCUUCUGUACUUGUUGCUGCGGCCAAGUCUUCAUUGAGUAAAUUAAUUGACAGACUUUAUAACCUCUUUCCUUCACCAACUCACCCCACACAGACUUCACUGCGGGACAGAACUUCCUUGGUACGCAAACUGGAAAAACAUUUGUCACAUAUUCUUGGUGAGACACCUGAACACCUCAAAGGCAACUUGAUUUCAUCUCAGGAAAUAAUGAGUAAUCUUCAAAACCACAUAUUAGAUUUGACUUUGCGUCUCCACAAUGCUGAGAAAGAAAGACGACAUUAUCUUGCAGAACUGAAUGAACUUAAAGAUCAGAUAGGAGAUGAGAGUUCUGAACAAUAUUCAGAGGAGAAAAAAAGUGCUUCAAAAAAUGCCAAAUAUGUUCCAAUGUCCAAGUUUGAACAAGUGUGUCUGGAACUAAGUAGCGCCCUGCGCAGGGAACAGAAGGCACAGUCACUGUUACAAGAACAAAGUAAACAGUUGACUGAGUUGACUUCCCAACUGGACCUGUGCACUUCAGACUUAAUGGAGAAGCAGAAACUUUUGGUUCAAGCACAGGAAGCAUUAUCUGAGACUCAGAAAGAACUAAGGCAUAAGGAGCAAAGUCUGCGCCAGAUGAACCGACUUAUGAGUCAGUUUGAGUAUGAAAAAGAUUCACUUCAAAGUAAUCUCAAAGAUGCUGAGAGUGCUUUGAGAAGCUCUUUUAGAGACAAAGAAAUUUUGGCUCAGUACAUUAAAAAUGUUGAACUCAUUUUAGAAAACGCAAAGAAGCAAAAUUUGGUCAUAAAUACAUCAAAGUCUGGUGAAGGGGAAAUGACAUUGGCUUGUUUACUUUUGGAUGCUCAACUGAUACCUCAGGAUAUCGGGAGAACUGGACCAGAGCUAAUAGCUAUUCAGAAUCUUGUAGGAAGUUUUGUAGAUGCCCAAAACCAAGCCAUUAAUAAGAUCAGAGCUCUUCAGACAGAAAUAACUUCACAUCGUGAUCACAUCAGCAUUUUAAAACAAGAGCUAAAUAAUGCAGUUAACAGAGAAUUUCACCAAAAGAUUGGAGAGAUCAAAGAGUUUGAAACUUCAACAACUAUAACUGAUUCACAAGAUUUAGCCUCAACUUCUUUAAGGCCAAGCUCUGGUGUUUUAUUUGACACGUCACAAUCUAAAACUCAUCUCAUUUCCCCUCCUCUUCUUCAAAACACAAAGUCAGCAUUUCAUACAGUCAAAUCAAAAAAUAUGCAGACAUCUAAAGAAUUCUCAAACCAUAAAUAAAUCAAAUGUGGGUCAAAGUUUAACAGCAUUAAUGGCAAAGUGCAAUUCCCUUCUCUGUACUACUGCAUUAACAAAGACUUGUUUAACAUCUAUUUCAUGAAGCAGUGACUGCAUGCAAAUUUGAUACAUAUGGAGUGUGAUGCAAAAUAAGCCUUUGUUGAACAAUGAAUCAGACACUCAUUCAGUUGAGUUCCAUUUCACAGUUUAACAUUGUCUACUAAACAAGUUCAAAAAGGAGAAGACAAAAUAUUUGAGAAGUUGUUUACAUUUUUUUUUCAUUUAAAUUUUUUGCAUUGCAAAAUUCAGAUUAAUCCAUUUUCAAUAAUUGUCAAGACAAUGCUUAGUAUCAAAAUUUUGUUAGAAUUUAAAAUAUAUUGAUUAAAUGUAAAAUGGAACACAGCUUGGGGAAGUCUCAAUAAUUUUUUUCAAGGCUUUAUGAAUUGCACCCAUAAAUAACUGCCCAUAUUUCUGUAUUAUGUGAUAUACUCUGUAUAAACUCAUUAAACAUUUUGUGGUUUUACUUUUAGUUGCCAUAUUUCAUACAAAAAUAAUUGCUUCAAGAAUUAUUGUAUUCACAAUUGAUUGAUGUAUUAAUUAUAACUAACAUUUAUUUGCUAAUGUACUUUUUACUACAUAAUUACCAUUAUAUUUUUGUGAUAAUUGUUGUGUUUUCAAAACCCUAAUGUAAUGGUAAUGAUUAUACAUAUUUAUAUUUGAUAUUAAACCCAACUAUAUUGUUAA